AUGUCAGAUGUUAAAGAUAUUCUAGGUGUAUCUCAGUCGGGAGUCACUACUUCAUCGACGGUAGAUUCUAUCCUAAAGAAAAAAGAUAAGCAGAAAACACCGAAAUUAGAGGGAUCUUCAUCGUCGAGAGGUGGAUCGACUAUCGACAAACUCCAACAGGCAUUCCUCAAUCUAGAAGGUGAAACACUUACAUUUGCUUCACCAAUCACAAAUGUCGGUCUCAAAGAGAAGAGAAAAGUAAAGGUAUCAUGGGAGAAACGUGGAUUCAGAAAUAAUUCUCGACCAGACAACAUGAUAUUAUAUCACUAUUCUAAAUCAACUGAUAAGAAAGAUGAUUAUAAAUAUUGUAGAUUUAAUAAGAAGAUGGAUGUACUCAUAUAUAAUGAAGAGGAAUACGAAUUGUAUUUGAGAGAUCCUGAUUGGACGAAAGAAGAUACCGAUCAACUGUUGGAUUUGGCAAAGAAGUUCGAUACUAGAUUCGUUGUUGUACACGAUAGAUAUCAAGGAAGUGUUGCACGUACCAUCGAGGAUCUAAAGGAUCGUUACUACAAGAUACAAUCGAAACUGAUUGAACUUCGAACAAAACCAGAGGAAGAUCCAUAUCAUAACCCAUUAACAAACUAUAAUUUUAACAAAGUUUAUGAAACAGAAAGAAAGUUACAAUCAGAUAGAAUAUUCCAUUUAACAAAAGAACAAGUAGAGGAAGAAGAGUCACUCGCUGAGAAAUAUCAAAGUAUAGAGAAACAUCUUUUGAAGCAUAGCAAGGACAGUAAAUCAAUAUUAAAGCUAGCAAAUAUUGCAGUUUCAAAUGGCCCACUUAAACAUUAUAGUCAACAAGAUAUACAACCUGAGAGUAAAAAGAAUAAGAGAAAGUUUGAGAAUAUGGAUGAAAAAGGACAGUCACCGCAAAACAAUAGACAAAUACAGAGAGUGGAUGCAACUCUCUUUGAACUUCACAUCGGUAAACCAUUCAAUAAUGUUUUGGCGAGAAGAUUGUACAAUGAUUUGAAACAGGAUAUCAUCACACUGCUCGAUGUCCAAAAGUAUUAUAUGGAGAAGCGAUAUCACUGUGAGAUUCUAAAGGCUCAGAAAGAGUAUCUACAGAAGGAGAUCGAUGACAUGCAAAUGACACCAGAGAUACUAGCUAUACCCGUAGAGGAAGAGAAUGAAUCAGUUCCACCAACUAGUAAUACAACAACAACAACAACAACAACUACAACAACCACCACUACAACAUCAUCAGCUGCUGGCAACAUUGAUAUUAAUAGUAUUAAUAAUAAUAACUAUAAUAUUAGUCAAAGUGGUGAUUCUUUUUCAACGGCAUCUCUAUCUACACCUUUGAAUAUACAACAAACACAACCUCUAUUCCAAAUGUAUGCUUCUACUGGUGGCGUAGAUCUUAAUCAAUCGACAGACAGUCUGCACUCUUCUUCGAUGUCGGUUGUCUCUACACCGGUGAAACUGGAGGAGUCAUCCUCAUCGACGACACCGAAUAGCAAACAGAAGGCCAGUAAAAAGAAAUCGCAGAAAGUCGAUGGAGAUACCUCUGUGGACAAUCUCUCGGCAAGUAGCGGUUCAGUACAGACCGACUCCUCCACCAAGAAGAAGAAAGCUGCGACACCAAGCACCGAGAAAAAGAUGACAAAGAAGAAAGCGGCGGCCGCAGCAGCAGCGGCAGCAGCAGCCUCAUCAAACACAACAGAAGGCUUCAUACCGAUGGAUUUGAACAACAGUAUCGAUCAGAUAACAGUCAACUUGGAUUCCAACAUCGAACCACCACUCAAAAAGACGAAAGCAUCACCGACCUCCAAGAAAGAAAAGAAAAAAGCUGCCACACCAAAAACACCUUCAUCCGAAAAGAAAAAGAAAUUAAGUGAAGAUAAAUAA